UGCACCGUGUUCUGCCCGUCCUCCCCUCGCGCAAUCGCAGGAAUCCCCGCCAUCAUCGCCUCUCGCGCACCUUCCUUCGACAACCUUCCAUAGGAAUCAUCCAUCGCGUCUGUGCUCCCCCUCGCGCAAUCCUACCGCACUCGCCUCCCGAAAUCGGCCGCCACGGCGCCUCACGCCAUGGCUCCUGCCCAGCAGCUGCAGCUCCCUCCGCCUCCGGUGGUCUGGCACGCCGCCUCCUCGCCCAGAUCCGUCCGUGGUCCGCCCCUCCGGCCUCGCCCAGCUCCAAAGCUCCCUCCUGCUCGCGGGCACGCGAUCUCGCCCUGGGGGCCAUGCCCUAGGCCGUCGUCUCGGCUCGCGUCCACCUCGUCCAGCGUCACAAGUGGCGCCGCCGCCGGUGUCGGCUACUUCGAUCUCCCGCCCGCCGUCGACUCGUCCAGCAGUACCUACGCUCUGAAUCCGAUCCCCUCGCCGGUGGCGACGGCGUCGGCUGACCCAUCCCCAAACUCGGCGCGGGAGCCCAAGCGGAAGCGAACUGGCCCGUGCGUCCCCCGCAUCAACUCGAACCGAAGGGACGACCAAGCGGAGUCUAGACUCAAGAGCAACCGCGACCUCCCGGAUCUCUCUCCCACCCACGCCUCGUCACCGUCGUCUUCUGCUGCACUGCAGCGAUGGCCUCCCCCGACCUGCUCUUCAAUCUGCGGAACCUCUUCUACCUGGGCGCCUACCAGGCAGCCAUUAACAACAUCGACAUCCUGGGCCUCGACGCCGCCGCCGCCGCUGAGCGCGACGCCAUCGUCUUCCGCUCCUACAUCGCCCUCGGCUCCUACCAGGUGCGAACACAUCUGGCGUCAGGCGCCUCAGCCGCUACCUCGCUGCAGGCCGUGAAGCUGCUCGCUCUGUACCUCACUGGAGACAAGCGUAGGUAUGUCAUGAAGAAGAUCAACAUCUCCAAGCAGAACGACAAGUUCCAGCAGACCGCUUACCAAGAGGGUGAAAUAGGGAACGAUGAUACACUAUGGCGGAUUUCUCCAAGGUGCGAAGAAGAUUCUUCUACUACUUUCUAUUGUUAUUUGUAACUAUUGUUACCACUUUUGUUUGCGAUUACUGCUUUGCCCGAGAAUUGCAUUCGCAGGCAAUGUACAUGCAUGUUGUUUCCGCUUUUACAGAAAACAAUAUUUUUAUGUACGGACGGGGUGGGUGAUAUGGAAUUUAAGCUUAUACCUAUUUUAGAUCUGAUCGACUAGCUAUAACUGAAUUUAUUAGGGGAAUCCCCAAACUGGAUCAUUAUUUUCUCAAAUAGAAAUGUCAAUUCAGUUUGUGAUAAUGGAAAAUAAGUGAAGAACAUGAUAAUAGAUGUAUAUAUACUAGUAAACUUGUCUAGCACAGGAUCUACACCAUUAUCGAGGGACCUUGAAACUUUUUUUGAAUGUUGUAGUAAUCCAGGCAUCCAAUUAAGUCAUUUGAUUGUGUGUGUGUAAUCAUGAUUUACCCAAAUAGUGUGAAUCGGAUGUCAGCGACUCAAUGCCUUUAAAAAUAUUGUCAUUUAAGGAUUUUCUUUAAUAGUACCAUCAAUCGACAGUGCAAAGCUUUUAACAAUGUUAUGUCGUAUGAAUAAUUUAUUACCAUAUUUCUCUCACCGAAAGAGUAGUACCAUUCAGUAAGGAAAUCAAUGGUUAUAUAUGUUAGUAUAGUAUAUGAUGUUACUAUAUUGAGUUCUCUGCUCUGCACUGUCAUGGCACUUGUUAUGAUAGGCGUUUUCUAAACCUUCCGUAGGCGUUAAGGUGGCAAAGUAUCCCAGGUGCAGCCAUCCAGAGCUUGUGAUGGGUCUCAGGGAGCACACUGACGCUGGGGGGGAUCAUACUUCUAUUUCAAGAUGAACUGAUCCCAGGUCUAGAGUUUCUGAAAGACGGUAGGUGGAUGGCAAUACCUCCAACACAAGGCAACAUGAUCUUUGUAAACCUUGGAGAUCAGAUUGAAGUGAUAACCAAUGGAACCUACAAGAGCAUAUGCCACCGGGUCCUUCCCAACAAGAACGGGAGCCGCCUAUCCAUUGCAACAUUCUAUAACCCUGGUGCCGACGCCAUAAUCUGCCUAGCUUCAAAGCUCACAUAUCCUAGCCAAUAUCGUUUCCAAGACUACCUUGAUUUCUAUUCUACUACCAAGUUUACUGAUAAGGUAUUUAGGUUCCAGACUACAAAGGCAAUAUUGAAGUGAAUAAUCACAGCAGAAGCCUGGAGAAAAGAAGUGUCUGACUUGUUCUACAAUACUGCAUCAGUGCAUAGAUGCGCUUGUAUUUACUGCUAGCUCCUAAGGAACAACGAGGUGUUAAAAUAUAUAUUUUUACUUUCAGUUGUUUUCUGUUUGAAGACUAAACAACCUGCACUACUUGUACUUAAUGUAAUAUAUUACAUGUGGGUUCCUUCAGACAGUGAUAUGACAUGUUAAUUA